AUGUCAGAGUUGAAGCCUAUACCAGUGGAGGCUGGUGAAAUUUUGCCACUUGACUGCUGGCAAUCUAUAUUCAAUCAUCUCGACGAUCAUGGGUUGGAAGCUGUAUCUUUAGUCUGCAAGGAUUUCUUGGCAAUCUCAAAUAUUUGCAAACACAGUUUACAAGUUAUUCACCCUCGAGUUGGUAUGCUUUCCAAACAACUCAAGAGAUUCAAACAAAUCAAUAAGAUCAAUCUGAAACAGUUUAUAGGUGAUUCAGAUAAGGCCAUUGUUGAGAUUUCCCGCACUGAAAUUUGUCUUCAAGUUCUUGAUAUUUGGCAUGAGGGUGAAUUCAUGACUGAGAGCCUCAAAGAGUUGGGUUCGAAUCCAAAGAUGAAAAAUUUAAAGGUUUUCAACUGUUUGAUGCGAAACAGUAAUUUGCAGGACAAUGAUCUUGUGGUAAUAGCAAAUUCGUUUCCGAAUUUAGAAGAACUCGAUCUUAGAAAUUUUAACUUCCUGCCGAAUUAUUGUUUGGCUAAUGACAGUUGUUCCCCAUGGUUUCCAACUGAUUUUGGGGUUGAAAUUCUGGCAUCUAAACUUAGGCUCUUAAAGAAAAUUUGCAUCUACGGAGAACAUUAUAUUUCAGAUCGAUCUGUUGUUGCUUUGGCAUCAAAUUGUGUUUUUCUGCAAGAUGUUACUAUCAAGUGUUACAGAAACAAUGGGGUGACAGAAAAUGGCAUUGGUUUUCUCCUUCGGAUUAGGCCAAACUUGGAAGCUCUUUCGAUUGGAUGUAUCAAGAUGGAUUGUUCACAGUCUACAAUCACUAUUGAAAAUUCAAUCAGCCAUGCCAAAGCCUUAACUUCUCUUGAGUUUUCCAGGAUGGAUGUUUCUGACAUGCUUCUUGUCGCAGUUGCAAAGGCAAAGCUUCGGUUAACCAAAUUUGUGCUCCAUUUUUGCAAGAAAUUUACGGCUAUGGGAUUGCUUAUGGUUUUAUCUAACUACCAGCUCACUGAGUUAGGCAUUGUUGACGCUGAUAUUUCAGAUGUGGAUAUGGAACUUCUUUUAAGCACAGAUGUAAGGAAACUCACCCACCUAGAAAUCAGCAACUGCCAGGUGACAAACUCAACAUUGUUCCUACUAUCAACUAGGUGUCCUUCACUAGUGGAAAUCAGAAUGGAGCUGAUAGCCAUAGAUGGACAGAUUGAUGAUGGCUACAAUAAUUUUCCAUCGCCCAAAAACCAUAGGGCUCAAAAUCUUUGUCUCACAUAUUGCAAAAUCAGUGAUGAAUUGGCCAAACAAUUGGGGCUUGUUUUCCCCAACUUAAUUGUUCUUGAUUUGAGCUACUGUUACCAAAUCACAAGCAUUGGCAUUGAAGCUAUUUUGAAAAGUUGCAAGUUUCUUGGAGAACUGGUACUAGUAGAAUACUUGAAAGAAAAGAUCAUUGAGGCAGAUAAUUCAGAGCUUCCAGAAGUGAAUUUGGAGGAUUUAAAACUAAUAUGUUCACGGAUAGAUGAUGAAGGGCUUGCAGCGAUAGCAAAGAGAUGUCCUCGAUUGGUGUCUUUGGAAGUGAGUGAUUGCAACAAUGUGACAACGGAGGGCAUAAAACAAAUCGUUCAAAACAUCACAACUUUGAAGAUCUUACGUAUGCGUGGCAGUGACCAUGUAAAAUCUUGUGAUUUGUUGGAAUGGAUGUUAUCUACAGGCAACUUGGCUUCCCUCAAGGAAAUAUAUCUUGGACAAAAUGAUUUCACUGAGGAACAGAUAGACCAAUUCUUGCACCGUGGUUGUUUACUUCUCUGA